GGGAUAUGGGCGGAUGUUAUCGGCGUGGCACCCUCGUGGGCGGGACUGACAGGUUGGAGAGGAAAAGAAAAAGAAGGCGAGUGGCUCAGGCAAAACGAUGGCUGCAAUCCGAAAGAAACUUGUGAUAGUCGGGGAUGGAGCUUGUGGGAAGACCUGCCUUCUCAUAGUGUUCAGCAAGGAUCAGUUCCCUGAGGUUUAUGUGCCCACCGUGUUUGAAAACUAUGUUGCAGAUAUUGAGGUGGACAGCAAGCAGGUGGAGCUGGCUCUGUGGGACACAGCGGGUCAGGAGGACUAUGACCGACUAAGGCCACUCUCCUAUCCAGACACAGACGUCAUCCUCAUGUGCUUCUCCAUCGACAGCCCUGACAGUUUAGAGAAUAUCCCAGAGAAGUGGACCCCUGAGGUCAAACACUUUUGUCCUAAUGUACCCAUCAUUCUCGUGGGAAACAAGAAAGACCUGCGAAAUGAUGAGCAUACACGUCGGGAGUUAGCAAAGAUGAAACAGGAACCAGUGAAGCCAGAGGAGGGGAGGGACAUGGCUAACCGCAUCAAUGCCUUUGGUUAUUUGGAGUGCUCAGCCAAGACGAAAGACGGCGUCAGGGAGGUGUUUGAGAUGGCCACUAGGGCGGCGCUGCAGGCCAAGAAACGAGGCAAGAAGAAUGCCUGUCUUCUGCUAUAGAGUGCUGGGAGAGACGGGAGUGGGAGGGAAGGGGAAAACAAACCAGGCCAAGGAAAAAAGUAUGCAUCCCUCUUCUCUGUCUGCCUUCACACUAAGACGGGCAAGAUUUCACGGGGAUUAGGGAUGGGGGAGAAAAAAAGACAACCCAGGCCAAAGGAAAUAAGAGAUGAGAGGUCAAAUGCGAUGGAAAAAACCAGAGUAAACACAUUAAAGGCCAAGGUGAUUGCUGUUAGCUUUCAAAUGACUAAUCGUGUGGUUAAGAUUUUUCAUUAGACCCUCAACUACGAGAAGGUAAAGAGAAAAGAACAUCACUCAAACCUUACAAAGUGUGGUUAGUGCACUUAGGCAGGCCUGCCCGUUCUCUGAUGGGAGGAUGUUGAAGAUUGAUUUUCUCUUUGGCCCUAAACCUCAGCACUAUCGUUCUGGUCGAGACAAGUUCCAGAAGAGAUCAGGGGCAUCACAUUGUAUCCAAAAAAUUAUAUCCUUGCCCAACUUUUGUCAGACUUCCAUGGCUUGCAGUGUGUCUGUGCUUGUCUUUCAGUUCUGUCCAAUCAUUCCAUAGGUGUUUUUAUUUUCUUUGUUUUCCCCUAUGGAUAAACAGACCACCCUAACUUCAUGUGGACCGGCCUUUCUCUUUUACAAACCAGUGGUCCACAAUUAUAGUUCAUUUGAUACAAUUUUCAUUAAUUUAAAAAGCUAAAAGUUUUUAUUUUCAUUUGACCAUAAGUACAUUGGAUUAAAUACUUGGAUAAUGAGACCAACUGAUUUGAGUGUUUUAUAUAAGCUUGUUCAUGUAUUAAUGAAGAAUUUAGUUGAUGCUUAGUUGGGCUCUCGGGUCAGAAUAUUUUAUUGAGUUGAUGUGGACUGUCAGACACACUGUCAGGGUUAGAGAAGGCGUAGGAGUCUGUGUGCAGUUUGAUGUACAGCCUUCUACAAAUUGGCUUAUUCCUCUUUAAGAUGAAUUGCCUGCAUGCCAGGCAGUUAUUGGGACUGUUUUUAAAAUUUAUUGACUUGUUUUUGCCUUUCUGCCAGUCCACUCACGAUGUGUCUAGAACUAUUCUUUUCCUGUUUCAUUUUCUGUUGUACUUUAUUUUAACUUUGUGAUAUUCUACUGGCUUAUCGUUUUUGUAUUAGUUGCACAUAUUUUGAAAAAAAAAAAAAAAAAAA